AUGGCACCGCGCUUCCUGGUCCUUGUUCGUCAUGGCGAGUCCUCUUGGAAUAAGGAAAACCGCUUCACUGGUUGGACUGACGUCCCCCUGUCAGAGCACGGCCAGGAGGAGGCUCGGGAGGCAGGAAAGCUCAUAAAGGAGAAGGGCCUACAGUUUGAUAUCGCUUACACCAGCGUUCUGAAGAGGGCAGUGGAGACCUGCUGGACAGUGUUGUUAAACGCCGAUCAGUGCUACCUACCCAUCAAGAACACUUGGAGGCUGAACGAGAGGCACUACGGCGCUCUCCAGGGUCUUAACAAAUCCGAAACUGCCGCCAAGCACGGGGAAGAACAGGUCAAGAUUUGGCGUCGCUCCUAUGCAGUGCCACCCCCCCCCCUUGAACCUCAUGACAAGAGAAACGCAAAGUUCGAGGAGAAAUACAGACAUCUUCCUCAAGAGGUCCUACCGGCUACUGAAUGUCUCAAAGACACGGUUGAGAGGGUGUUGCCGUUUUAUUUCGACGAAAUCGCCCCGGCUCUGCUUGCUGAGCAACGCGUGCUGGUUGUUGCUCAUGGAAACAGCUUAAGGGGUCUUGUGAAGCACUUGGACGGAAUGAGCGAGGAAGAAGUCCUCGAGCUCAAUAUCCCCACAGCAGUUCCCCUUGUCUACGAGCUCGACGAUAACCUCAAACCCAUCAAGAAGUAUUAUUUGCUUGACGAAGAGGAAGUCAAGAAACGGAUUGCGGCAGUUGCAAAUCAGGGCAAGGCAAAGUAA